UCAAUGACAGUGGCAGAGUACAAGCGCAGACAGUGUCAAACCUUCCUGUUGGUAAGAAGAAAAUGUUAGGGGACCUCGGUAAUGCAUGCUCAGACAUGGCCCUUGAAAUUUCAGAUCACAGGAUGCCUCCAGCCAAGGCAUUGCCCAUAAGGGGCAAUGGUGAUGUCAGGAAGCGGUCUCGAGAGGCUCCUCAUCGGAGGUUUGCUAAAUUCUUCUCGAGCCCUACAUGCUUACACAGAUGCAUCAGAAUAUGAGAUUUCACAUGAUGGAGAAGGGAUAUGUGCAAGAGAUGGAGAAGCGGCGGAUCAGCCUGGAAAACAGCACACAUUGGCUCCGGGAAGUGGCAAUGUCCGAGAAAAAGGAUGCAGAGGCAACCUGUUGCCAGAAGUCACUGGCAAACGAGACGGCCGUCGAGACCACAAACGGUAUGAGAAUACAGAUGACGCAUUGUGGAAUAUUGACAAAGUUACGACAAGAGAAAACAUGGCAAAGGGAGGCCAUCUGCCAAAGAUUCACGUUGAAGAUGACAGCGUAAGGAGUAACCUUUGCAGGAAAAAGAUGCACGGUCUGAGAGGCAUUGUCGAUUUAAGUCACAGGAAAGCUUCCAGGUCCAGAAGUCAUGUUCCUGAGGAGGAGGAGGGGGAGGAGGAAGAGGAAGAGGAGGAGCAAGAGGAAGAGGAGGAGGAGGAGGAGGAGGAGUGGGAAAUGGAAGGGGAUGAAGAGGAUGGGGAGGAGGUGCAUGACGAGGAAGAAGAAGAAGAAGUGGCAGGUGUUGAAAACGAAGGUUUCCCACAUAAGGAGAGCUUGGAACUGCGAAGAUGUCAGAGAGGAGAAGCCCACAAAUACUCCCAUUUGCGACAGGUACAGCAGGGUGAAAUUGGGCCAUGUGGAAAACAGAGCCGCUCUCAAACAAGUGAGGUAACAAGAGGCAGGCUCAUGGACCCACGUGGAGCAGGAAGGGGUGGAAAACGAGAAGGGAUCAUGCCAUUACAAGGAGGGAGAAUGCUUAGGGGUGGAUGGGAAUUUCACAAUUGUGAUCAACUGUACUUGGCACCAGAAAUGGCCCAGUACAGUAAUCGACGAGUACCUGGGCAAGUCAGUAAUGGGAGAAAAGGAAACAGAUUCGCAGCAGCAGCAGUGGAUUGGUGCGGCGCUGAUCAAUUGGAGAUGAACAGACGGGUUCAAUUUGAUGACCAUGUGCCUGGCUAUGGUGGCAGACGCUUAGGUAAGAGCAAGUUAUUUCGCAGGGGUCCUGACACACUGGGUGGCCAAGCUGGCACUGAUGCACAGGCACAGAGGGUACAAGGGAGGAUGUGGAAGGAGAACCACAAACAGAGACCUCAUGGACAAGCUGAGGCUCUCAAUGAGGUAAAGCUUCCUAAUGUUGUGCAAGAAACAUCAUAUGAAGAAGCAAUGGAAGGUGGUUGUGCCCAUGCACACUGCGAGCAGCCCCCAGCUCCACAAUUGAAGCCAGUGACUUGCACAUUGGGAGAGGUUAGGCGAGGGAAAUCUCCAGGUGGUGCAAGUAAGUGCACCAACCCAACGAGACUUCCAGAAACCAAGCAAAGCUGUAGCACAGAGUGUGGGAGCGGUAAGUCAUCACCUUGGGAUGGAGUAAUGGAUGACAGUGAUGCUGAGGAAGAUGAAAGCGACAGGAAAACAGACACCAUAUCCAAGCCUAUGGAACCUCUGGUCUCAGUGAUGAACAAGGAGAAUGCAGCUCAUCGGACAGGGGCUCAGGCAGAGCUCCUGAAGGGAAAUGAAAACGGCGAACAGGAGGAGGCAAAUCUGAAGGAGGAAGCAGCAGCCAAUUACAGUGGAGUCAGAGCUUCUGGCCCACAGGGUAAUGAAGGCGAAGUGGGUGAUGUGCUCUGUUCAAUGGACAGCUUGGUGAAGAACAAGGGCAGGGUAGGAGGAGAGGCAGUCAACUGUAGCAGCAAUGAAGUUGGAAAACAUGCAAGGGAGCUUCCUGGUAGUGGCCUUGAGAGUCACAGACAGGCAGGAGAAGCAGGUGCUGCCAUGAACAGCGCAAGGCAGGAAACGAACAAUGGAACAAAAGAGUGUCCAGGCAGCUGUAGCUAUGAGAUCAUCCAAGAGAGGAUGUCAGAGCCUGGCUCUGACUCACGCCACUGCCAUUCAGCGGUUCUAUUGUCAACAGAUGGUUACAGUAGUGAGGGUGGUACCCACAUGAUGGGAUGUGCUGAACACCUUGGAGCACGCACAGCUCCACGGAGGCAGGCUCCAAACCGUAAACGUCAUUCAGAGAUGGAAUGGGACAGUCGGCUGGCAAACUCAGGGCCUCUCAAGCGGUCCAGAUCUGACAUACCAGCAAGUCAAGCAGAGGUGACGAGAUUGGAACCAAUAAGGCAAAAUAUUUCUUAUGUGUCAGAUAAGAAAUCAGUGCGUCAGGGAAAUGAUGUGGUGAAUGAGCGGUGGCACACCAAAGAUCAUGACGGAAAAAGAGCACCGUCUCAAGAAGACAUGCAAAGAGUCAGGACUCCUCGGCAGAAGCAGAUGUCAAGCCCACAUGAUGAAGUGGCAGAUGGGCAACAUCGUUUCAGGUUGCGAUCAUUGCAGCCCAAGAAGGUAGAGGGGGCGAGAAAGAACAGGAUGGGGGCCAAGCCCAUGGCAUCCACCCAAAGGUCAUUUCCGACAGCCCGUAAAUAUACACAGGGGAGGGAUGCGGUCAUGACAGAACAUGAUGGCAUUGAGGAGACCGAUGACUGGCAGUAUGGGGAACAAGAAAUGGAUGGGUGGGAGGGUUGGAAUGCUGCUGAUAGCUCAGAAGGACCCAUGCACCAGGAGCUCAAGAGUAAAUUGGCGAUGGAUGAGGAAUGGAGUAAAGAAUUUGAAGGUGAGACGAUGAAACGUUUCGAGAGGGUAGAGUGGAGGAUCAGCAAAUUGGAGAAGGAGAUCGGUGAAAAUACGGCACAAAGCAUGGAAGAAAAUUUGAUGAAAAUUAGGCUCGAGAGAGUCAAGCUUAUCAAGGAAAUGGGCGACAAGGAAAGGAUGAUGAUCAAUGAGUGUGUUGUCCGCUACUCGGAAAAAUUGAGCAAAUGUUUAGCUGCCACCGGAGAAUCCCUGAGAUUGGAGCUGGUGGCCGUGAAGGCUGCAAUUGAUGAAAUGCUGAGGCCUCUGGCAAAGGACCUCCAGGAAAUUCCAGACACCGAAGUAAUUGACAAUACCUACAUUUUCCGACUGUCAGCAAAUGGCAAUGCACAAGGUCAGAAAGCAGAUGCUCAUGAUUUUCCGAACUGCAACAGCACUGCCAAGACAUGCAACACAUCUCCCGCAAGAGCCAGUGAGGAAGGUGUGGAGCUCAAGCGACCACAGGUUGAGGAGGGAGGCAGCAGCAUUAAUCCACAAGCAGCCCAGGAGAAUGGGGUUCCCAUGACGCAGGUGUCCCAGGGGGAUGGAGGAGGAAAGGAGGAGCAACUUGCCAACGAUGUCAAGGCGAUUUCAGUGGAUGUCACACCGAUACAGUGAGUCCGCGCUAUCAACUACGAGCAUUCUGAUGGAUGAAUGAAGAGUCUAUGAGACA